CAGCUUUUUCUUUCUUGUUUUUCCCAUUUCACUAUUCAUUCACACAAUUUUUCUAGGGUUUUAGUUUUCCUCUAUCCCCUUCCUCUCUCUCUCUGUAUCUCUCGUAGAAAUCUGAAGAAGUAGCAGUUGACGACGACGAAGAAGAAUACGUAUACUGUCAUACUGUGAAACUCGAUAAUGGCGUCUACUUCUGGUACUACAGGAAUUCAUGAUGAACCUUGUUCAUCAUCGUCUUCUUCUACUUCCUCUUAUGUAAAAGAUUUGAUGGAUCAUCUCUUUUCUUGGAGUGUUGAAGAUAUACUCAAUGAAGAUCUCUACAAAGACAAGUAAUACCAAAGCGUUUUGAAUCCGUACAACAUUAUCUUGGCUCUUAUACUAUGCCGUUGCUGGAAGAAACUCGCAAGAAGAUUUGUUCACAAAUGGAGUUUAUGUCAGGUGUACCUCACGCUGAAGUAAUCUCAGUAGAGGAGUCUAAGCUGGAUGGCGGACCAUUCUUGUAUUGUAUCAAGGUUGACUCCUGGAAAAACCGGUAUGGUGUAUAUGGCAAAGAACCAUAUAGUCCGAAACCUUCAGAUCUGUUUAUUUUGGGUGAUGCUGUACCUGAUGUUGCUUCGGACUUGCAGCGGUUUGGAAGUAGUUGGUCUUUGGCUUCAGUUGUAGAAGAUGUGAAAGAGUGUGAUUAUGUGGGGCACGAAGACAGACUUAUAUGCUUUCAGGUUAAGACCUCAAAGCCGAUAAAGAUAGAGAAGAAAGAGGGCAGGAGGAAAUCACUGUUUCUGGUGUUUCUGGUGAACUUGGAAACAAACACUAGAACAUGGAAGGCGUUACAUAUGUUUCGAAACUUGAAUAUCAUCAAGGAAGUUCUGUGUGCCAAUUCCACGUGGCUUUAUGGUAAUGCAGGUAAAGGAAAAUUGUGGUUCCUGUUCUGCACAAGUUGACAGGAUUUGGGCCCGAAAAGUUGAUUCACAAUUAUUGCUCUCUCUUAAUGAAUCUCAAAGAGCUGCGGUUUUGGGUACUAUAUCUGCAGUGCAAUGCAACCACAGGGCUUCUGUAAAAUGUUUGGGGUCCACCUGGGACAGGAAAGACCAAAAUGAUUAGUAUAUUACUGUAUAGCUUGCUAAGUAUGGAUUACAGAACGCUUGCUUGUGCCCCAAAAAACAUUGCAGUUGCUGAACUUGCGUUGCGUACCUUAAGCCUUCACAGAGAUGCUUGCGAAUCAGACAUGGGAAAGAAACUGUCAGUUCGCUCAUUUGGGGACUUUCUCUUGUUUGGGACUAUGAAUAGAUUGGAGUUAUCUGAUGAUCUUGGAAAGAUAUAUGUGGAUUAUCAUGUGGACAGUCUUGUAGAGUGUUUUGCUCCAUUAACUGGUUGGAAGAAACAUUUCGAUUCCAUGGUGGAUUUUCUUGAUGAUUGUGUAUAUCAGUAUGGUUCGUGUUUUGAGAGUGAAAUAAUUACAGAGGUUCACGUAACAGAGAAAACUGGAACUAAUUCUGAAAUCCGCAUGUCACUUCUCAUGUUUGCAAACAACAGAUUCAGAGCUUUAGUGGUGCCAUUAAAAAGAAGCAUCAGAAUAUUAUGCACCCAUCUCCCUAAAAGACUUAUUUUGCCGGACAUUUUCGAAAAGAUGGUAAUUCUUUGUGGUUUGCUUGAAUCUCUUGGAACUUUGCUCUCUGAAUGUCAGGUGACUGACAAGGAAUUAGAAGAACUCUUUGCAUGACAAGAAAAUUAUUCCAAGGUGGCACAAGGGAGUAGAGCAUUUAAUUACAUAUUGGACACAUUACACAAGAUGAGGAUUGAUGUUAUGAAGGUUCUAAGAUCUGUCGGUCAUUCUCUUGGUGAUCGCCUUCCAAGUUCCACUAACAGAAUUUUCUUAACAGAGUUCUGUUUGAAAAAUUCAUCCCUCAUUUUUUCCACGGUGUCAAGCUCAUAUAAUCUGCAUGAGGUAGACCUGGAACCACUGGAUUUGUUGGUGAUCGACGAAGCUGCUCAGUUGAAAGAGUGUGAAUCAGUGAUUCCCAUGCAGCUUGAAGCUAUAAGACACGCUGUCCUAAUUGGCGAUGAGUGCCAUCCACAAGCCAGGGUCAAAAGCAGGGUGGCUGAUGAAGCUGGGUUUGGAAGAAGUCUAUUUGAAAGGUUGGGUUUGUUUGAGCAUGCGGAGGACCUUCUCAACAUGCAGUACAGAAUGCAUCCUGAAAUAAGCUCUUUCCCAAAUCGUAAAUUCUAUAAAGAUCAGAUGAUAGAUGCUCCAAGUGUUCUUCAUGAAAAUUUUCAAAAACAUUAUCUACCAGGACCUAUGUUUGGUCUCUACUCAUUCAUAAACAUUUCAAAUGGAAUGGAGGAGCCAGAUGAAGCUGGGCAUGGUAUAAAAAAUAUGGUUGAGGUGGCAGUUGUAAUGGCAAUAGUGCGAAACCUUUAUCAAGCAUGGGAAGGCUCAAAGCAUAGCUUAACCGUUGGUAUUAUAUCUCCGUACACUGCCCAAAUUGCUGCAAUAGAGAAUAAAGUUGGUCAAAAAUAUGAGAAGCUAAAGAACUUUAUAGUGAAGGUGAUGUCUGCAGAUGGAUUCUAUGGGGGCGAGGAAGAUGUCAUAAUAAUAUCUACUGUCGGGUCUAAUCAUAGUGGGGGGUCAGAUGAGUUCCUAUCUAAUCCACAACGUGCUAAUGUUGCUCUGACACGGGCUAGGCACUGCCUUUGGAUUUUGGGGAAUGACAAAAAGUUGUGUAAAAAUGGAUCUUUCUGGGAAGAUUUAAUUCGUGAUGCGAAACAGCGGGGAUGUUUUUUUAAUGCUGAUGAAGAUGAAGAGUUAGUCAAAGCAAUGAUCAAGGCGAAGAAAGAGCUUGAUCAGUUAGAUAACUUACUUCAUGAAGAUAGUAUGCUUUUCAAAAGUGCAUUAUGGAAGGUCCUGUUCAGCAAUAACUUUAGAAAGUCAUUUGGGAAGUUGAAGUCAUCACAAACACAAAAGUCUGUGGUUAAUCUAUUGGUUAAACUUUCCAAUGGUUGGCGUCCAAAGAAGCUUGAGGUUGAAAUUCUAUGUGGUAACUCGGUCCAGCUUGUGAAACAGUAUAAGGUUGGAAGGAUUUAUAUUAUUUCUAGCGUUGAUGUUGCAAAAUAUUCAUGCUACACCCAAGUUUUAAGGAUAUGGGAUAUUUUGUCUCUUGAGGAAAUACCUAAACUAGUGAAGAGUCUGGACAGCAUAUUCUCCAUAUACACUGAUGAUUACCUCAACCGCUGUAAGCUGGAACAUAUGAAGGGGGAUUUGGUAGUGCCAAUUACUUGGAGAAUAGAUGAUGAGAUCGUUAGAUAUAAGAAAACUAACAAUGCUGAGUCAGUAGAUAGUACAAGUGACGGGGUAUCGGGUGGGAGAUGUUACAUUGAAAGCUCAAAAGUGAGAGAUAGUCUAUUGCUGAUGAAGUUCUACUCCUUAUCAGCUGGCUUAGUGAACCAUUUGCUCUCCGGAAGUGAUGGAAAAGAGCUGGAUCUUCCUUUUGAAGUAACAGAUAAGGAAUUAGACAUCAUUCUUUACCCUAGAAGUACCUUCAUUCUGGGCAGGUCUGGAACAGGGAAAACCACUGUUUUGACAAUGAGAUUGUUUCAAAAGGAGCAGCAACACUACUUUUCUUCUAAAGGAUUUGUGGAACCCUUGGGAGAUAUUUCUUUGAGUGCUCCAACUGGGAAUAUUUGCAGAGUUGUUGGGAAUGAGACAAAUUGUACUGUCUUAAGGCAAUUAUUCGUAACAGUCAGUCCAAAACUAUGCUCUGCUGUUAAAAACCAAAUUUCUAACUUGAAAAGCUUCAGCAGCAGUAGCAGGGCUUCAACAGAACACAAUUCCGUUCAGCUGCCUGAUGUCAAUGACGCAGUUCAAUAUCAAGAUAUACCAAAUUCUCUGAGGGACAUUCCACCUGAGAGUUAUCCACUUGUCAUAACAUUUCAGAAAUUCUUAAUGAUGCUUGAUGGAAGUAUGGGAAACUCGUAUUUUGAUAGAUUCAGUGUUAUAAGGGAACUUUCACAAUCUAAAAAUGCAACCUCAAGGUCAUUUGCUUUGCGUGCUUUUAUAAGAACAAAAGAGGUCAAUUAUGAAAGAUUCAACUCAUCUUACUGGCCUCAUUUUAAUUGCCAGUUGACCAAGAAGCUGGAUUCAUCUAUGGUUUUUAUCGAGAUUAUUUCACACAUAAAAGGUGGGCUUUUUGCUGGAAAGCUACCUGAUGAUAAACUUAGUCGGGAGGAUUACAUAUUACUAUCUGACGGACGGGUGUCAUCCUUAAGCAGGGAAAGAAGGGAGAUGAUUUAUGAUAUUUUCCUUGAAUACGAGAAGAAGAAAAUACUACAUGACGAGUUCGAUUCGGCUGAUUUUGUGAUUGACCUUCACCGUCGACUGAAAACUGGGUGUUAUGAGGGUCAGGAAAUGGAUUUCGUGUAUAUUGAUGAAGUACAGGAUCUCACCAUGAGACAGAUUGGUCUAUUUAAAUAUAUUUGUAGGAAUUUUGUGGAAGGAUUUGUUUUUUCUGGUGAUACUGCGCAAACUAUUGCUGGUGGGGUCGAUUUCAGAUUUCAAGAUGCAAGAUCUUUGUUCUACAACGAGUUUAUUUUGGAUUCAGGAAGUGAUGUCAUGGGAAAUGCAAAAGACAUGGAUCCAUCUCAUAUCUCAGACAUCUAUCAUUUGAACCAGAACUUCCGUACUCAUGCAGGUGUUCUCAAUUUGUCGCAGAGUGUAGUUGAACUUCUGCACAAAUUCUUCCCACAUCACAUUGACAACUUAAGUCCCGAAACAAGCCUUAUUUAUGGAGAAGCACCAAUUUGGCUUGAAUCUGCGAAUGACGAUAGUGCAAUAAUAACUAUUUUCGGGAAAAGCGGUGAAAAUGCUGGUAGGAGUAUGAGUGGAUUUGGCGCAGAACAAGUCAUUUUGGUGCGUGAUGGUUCUGUUAGGAAGGAAAUUGCUGAACAUAUUGGAAAACAAGCUCUUGUUCUUACUAUAGCCGAAUGCAAGGGCUUAGAAUUUCAGGAUGUUUUGCUUUACAACUUUUUUGGAACAUCACCUUUAAAGAGUCAAUGGAGAGUUAUUUAUGGGUAUAUGAAGGAACAAAGUCUUCUCAGCUCCAAUGAUGUGAAAUUUCCAAAGUUUAGGAAGCAGAAACACCAAAUUCUCUGCUCUGAACUGAAGCAGUUAUAUGUUGCUAUCACUGGUACUAGGCAGAGACUGUGGAUCUGUGAAAAUAUAGAUGAUUUUUCGAAGCCUAUGUUUGAUUACUGGAAGAAGUUAUGUCUCGUUCAAGUUGGAGAACUUGAUGAAUCACUUGUACAGGCAAUGCAGGUUACUAGCAGCAAAGAGGAAUGGAAUUCACGCGGUAUCAAGUUACUGGAGGAAGGUAAUUUUGAAAUGGCAACAAUGUGCUUUGAAAGAGCUGGUGAUUCAUUCUCGGAGAAGCUGGCUAAAGCUUCUGGUCUUAGAGCUGCUGGUAUUCACAUGCUUGGAUCUAAUACUGAACUAGCUCGCGUUGCUCUCUUAGAGGCAGCUGAGAUUUAUGAAUCCAUUGGCAAGGCUGAUUUUGCUGCCAAAUGUUUCAUGGAGCUGAAGGAUUACAAAAGAGCAGGUAUGAUUUAUUUGGAAAACUGUGGAGAUUCUAGGCUAGAAGAUGCUGGUGACUGUUUCAGUCUUGCGGGAUGUUGUUCUACUGCAGCUGAUGUGUAUUCUAGGUGUAACUGCUUUUCCAAGUGCGUGCAAGUUUGCACGAAUGGUAGUCUCUUUGAAACCGGUCUUCAGUUCAUAGAAUAUUGGAAAGAAAGUGCAAGGUUAAACACUGAUACAGCCAAAAGUCAGGAUCUGACAGAUAUGGAACAAAGUUUUCUUGGGAAAUGUGCCCUUCACUAUCAUCAAUAGAAUAAUACUAAAAACAUGAUGAAGUUUAUCGAAGCCUUUAGCUCGUUGGACAUGAAAAGAACAUUUUUAAGGUCUCAUGAUUAUCUUGAUGAGCUCGUCCUUCUCGAAGCUGGGUCCGAAAAUUUUAUGGAAGCUGCCACUGUUGCGAGGUUAAAAGGGGAUCGUCUUCUUGAGGCAGAUAUGUUAGAGAAGGCAGGGCACAUAGUAGACGCGGCAGAGGUCAUCCUGUUUUAUGUUCUUGGCAAUUCUGUUUGGGCAAAUGGAAACAAAGGUUGGCCCUUGAAAAAAUUUCCGAACAAAGAAAAACUUUUGGCAAAAGUUAGGUUGAUGGCAGAAAGCAAAUAUGAUGUAUUUUACGAAUUCGUUAGCACAGAGGCAAUCAUAUUGUCGGACACCAAAAGCAUAUUGUCAGUGAUGAAAGACUGUUUUGUUGCUUCACAAAGAUUUAAGAGUCUGCGGGGUGAAAUUAUUUCUUUGAGGAAAAUCAUCGAUUACCAUCUUGAUAUAGCACCUUCUGAGUAUGUUUGGAAUGAUCUGCUCGUAAAUACAAUGCAGCAUGUAGAGAAUUCAAUAUCCAAGAACAGGGUCUCCCUUCAGACGUUGACUUACUUCUGGAAUUUAUGGAAGGAAAAAAUAGUUAACUUAGUGAAUUAUCUCAAUUCUCUUGGAACGCAAGAUAAACAAGACUACAAAAGCUAUGAGAAGUUUUGUUUGGGUUACUUAGGUGUGCAUAAGCAGGAACAUAAUCAAAGUUCUAUAUACAUUUUGCUGAACAGUGAUGCCUGUUGGAGAAAUGAAAUUGAGGAUCGACUUCUUCGAAAAACCAGAGACUUACUUAGCAUGAAUGAUCACCAAUUUGCGUCUUCUGCUCGUAGAUAUUGGUUAUCUACAUUGCUUAGUCUCUGUAUGCAAGUACUGGAGAAGCUGGAAAGCCUCUAUAAAUUUUCUGAUAUAGUCAAAGUUGGUAAUGAUUAUUUCGUGCACAAUUAUGGUCCUUUUCGACAAGCUUUAACCGCUCUUAACAAUUACCAGGUUGCAAAAUCGAUUAUAGAGUCCAAGAUACUGGACAAAAAGCUUCCUGGGGAUCUGCUCAAGUUUUUGGGACAUUCCAAGCAGCGUUUUUUCGUGAAGUUUUGUACGAGGGUCCCGAAACAUGCGUGUUACAAACAUGUGAUGGAUCUAAGAAUAACUGAGCUUUCCAAGGAUUUGAUCAACGAAGUGAUGAUAGAUAUAAUGAGCAAAAAAGGCAGGUUACUGUAUACAGAAAUGUGGAGUGUGGUCUUGCAGAUUUUUAUGUUUGGUAACUUCAGCGAAGAACUUUAUCAAGUUAUAAUACAACGUUCGGAUUUGUCUCCAUCCUAUAAUGCUUUCAUUAAGCAGUUGAAAAGGAGCAAGAUAUCAGGAGGUCUCUGUUUGUUUGGUUAGCAAUUUUGAAAAAUCAUUACAAGAAGCAUUUAACCACGACUGGAAAAACGACCUUGAUAUCAUGCCAGCUUCCUGGUUCGUUUAUUUCCUUGAACGUCUUCUUUUUUUGGUUUCA